AAGUAGACCAGAAUUUGUUCUGUGGAUCUCUAAACCUUUUCAAAAUAAAAGGACUGCUGUCUACUUCAUCUGCCGACAAAUGUAGUUCAUUUCAAGAUUUUGCUUAUGGUUUUGGGUCAGGCAGAGGUGGAGAGGGUAGUGGUUCAUGACUCAUAAAGUCCUGUCCAUCACUAUACUGCUUCAUCUUCCUAUCUUAUUCUGUAGCUUUGUGAACUUGGAAUUUGAAAUUUUGCUGUUGACUCGUUAUAUCUCACUGUUCUUGCCAAAAUGAUCCUGGAUACACAGAUGGACACAUUCUUAAAUUUCUCAUUUUCUGUACUCCGUGAAUAUCCCCAAAUAUUGCUACAUUCUUUCUUUAGUCAGUAUGUUUGCAGUACAGUUAAUUAUGUUAUAUCUUUCUUUUUACAGUUAAAUACUUAAACUUGUGAUCACCUUGAAUCAACUUGAGUAUUUCCUAGGUAAUAUUUUGCAACAGGUUCCUUCUGGGGCUAUUUAAACACAUCCUUUUUAUAUGGAUAUGUACUACUUUUACUCUCAGGACAGCUGUUUUUCUAAAUUUGGGGACAGUUGUCCCUAUAUGCCAUGUAAAAAUUAUUCUUUCAAAAUGUUUGACCAUGCUGGGAAUAUAGCUCAACGGUAGAGUGGUUGCCUAGCUUGGGCAAGGCCCUGGGUUUGAUCCCCAUCACUGUAAAAAAAGAAGAAAUGUUUGGCCAUAAGAAGAAUAGUAUUUGCAAAAAUUUGAGUCAACAAAUAUUUGUAGAGGAAAUUUCAUUGUGCUUUUAGAAAGAGAAGAAGUUGCUGAGGGAGUCAGGGACAGAGUUUUAGAGACUGAGUGAAACAACAGGGCUUUGGUGACAAUUGAGAAUGGAAUCAUUAGCACAGAGUUAAAGGAAAGCAAAAAGAUGCCUUCCUUUUUCUUUUUCUCAGUGGGUGGGAGGAUAAGUGAGAAUCCAAAAAUUGACAUUGAAAACUGAUAGGAACAUAGGGCUCCAGAGGUGGAGAAGAGGGAUGGUAAGGACAGAUACUUCUGCCAAAUGACCUAGGUCUUUUCUGCAAAGUGGAUCACAUACAGUCUUGAAAGUUGAGAUGGUGAACUUAUAAUUGAUACUGUUAGCAGCAGGGCAGUGUUGCCUGUUUUCACUAGAGAAAUGACAAGAAAACAGUUUUAUAUUCAUUGAUUUGUCGAAGACUACAUUGUGAGAUGAUAUCCCCUAAGUUAACAGGGUUGGCAAUGUUAAAUGAAGUGAAUUGGAUGUUGCUGAAUAUGCCUACAAGAUACUGGGAAUGAAAAGAAGGAAGAGUCCAGAAUGAUCCCAAGGAGUCAGUUACCUUCUUUCUGGGAGAUAAGUGUAAAACAGGAAAUUACUUUUACUGAUGUAUCUGAGCAACUGAUGAGAGACAAAAAACAAAUCAGAGAGCCAGUAGACUUACAGAAAAAGAAGAAGCGGAAACAACGUUCUCCUGCAAAAAUCCUUACAAUAAAUGAGGAUGGAUCACUUGGUUUGAAAACCCCUAAAUCUCACGUUUGUGAGCACUGCAAUGCUGCCUUUAGAACGAACUAUCACUUACAGAGACAUGUCUUCAUUCAUACAGGCGAAAAACCAUUUCAAUGUAGUCAAUGUGACAUGCGUUUCAUACAGAAGUACCUGCUACAGAGACAUGAGAAGAUUCAUACUGGUGAAAAACCAUUUCGCUGUGAUGAAUGUGGCAUGAGAUUCAUACAAAAAUAUCAUAUGGAAAGGCAUAAGAGAACUCAUAGUGGAGAAAAACCUUACCAGUGUGAAUACUGUUUACAGUAUUUUUCCAGAACGGAUCGUGUAUUGAAACAUAAACGAAUGUGCCAUGAAAAUCAUGACAAAAAACUAAACAGAUGUGCCAUCAAAGGUGGCCUUCUGACAUCUGAAGAAGACUCUGGCUUUUCUACAUCACCAAAAGAUAACUCACUGCCAAAAAAGAAAAGGCAGAAAACUGAGAAGAAAUCAUCUGGAAUGGACAAAGAGAGUGUUUUGGACAAAUCUGAUUUGAAGAAAGACAAAAGUGAUUACUUGCCUCUUUAUUCUUCAAGUACUAAAGUAAAAGAUGAGUAUAUGGUAGCAGAAUAUGCUGUUGAAAUGCCCCAUUCUUCAGUUGGAGGAUCACAUUUAGAAGAUGCAUCAGGAGAAAUACAUCCACCAAAGUUGGUUCUCAAAAAAAUUAAUAGUAAGAGAAGUCUGAAACAGCCGCUGGAGCAAAGUCAAACAAUUUCACCUUUAUCCACAUAUGAAGAGAGCAAAGUUUCAAAGUAUGCAUUUGAACUUGUGGAUAAACAAGCUUUACUGGACUCAGAAGGCAAUGCUGACAUAGAUCAGGUUGAUAACUUGCAAGAGGGGCCCAGCAAACCUGUGCAUAGUAGCACUAAUUAUGAUGAUGCCAUGCAGUUUUUGAAGAAGAAGCGCUAUCUCCAAGCAGCAAGUAACAAUAGCAGGGAGUAUGCUCUGAACGUGGGUACUAUAGCUUCUCAGCCUUCUGUAACACAAGCAGCUGUGGCAAGUGUCAUUGAUGAAAGCACCACAGCAUCCAUAUUAGAUUCACAGGCACUGAACGUGGAGAUUAAGAGUAAUCAUGACAAAAAUGUUAUUCCGGAUGAGGUACUGCAGACUCUGUUGGAUCAUUAUUCCCAUAAAGCUAACGGGCAGCAUGAGAUUUCCUUCAGUGUUGCAGAUACUGAAGUGACUUCCAGCAUAUCAAUAAACUCUUCAGAAGUACCUGAGGUCACCCAGUCAGAGAAUGUUGGAUCAAGCUCCCAAGCAUCCUCAUCAGAUAAAGCCAACAUGUUGCAGGAAUACUCAAAGUUUCUGCAGCAGGCUUUGGACAGAACUAGCCAAAAUGAUGCCUAUUUGAAUAGCCCGAGCCUUAACUUUGUGACUGAUAACCAGACCCUUCCAAAUCAGCCAGCAUUUUCUUCCAUAGACAAGCAAGUCUACGCAGCCAUGCCCAUCAAUAGCUUUCGAUCAGGAAUGAAUUCUCCACUAAGAACAACUCCAGAUAAGUCCCACUUUGGACUAAUAGUUGGUGAUUCACAGCACUCAUUUCCCUUUUCAGGUGAUGAGACAAACCAUGCUUCUGCCACAUCAACACAGGACUUUUUGGAUCAAGUGACUUCUCAGAAGAAAGCUGAGGCUCAGCCUGUCCAUCAAGCCUACCAAAUGAGCUCCUUUGAACAGCCCUUCCGUGCUCCUUAUCAUGGAUCCAGAGCUGGAAUAGCUACUCAAUUUAGCACUGCCAAUGGACAGGUGAACCUUCGGGGACCAGGGACAAGUGCUGAAUUUUCAGAAUUUCCCUUGGUGAAUGUAAAUGAUAAUAGAGCUGGGAUGACAUCUUCACCAGAUGCCACAACUGGCCAGACUUUUGGCUAAAAAAAAAAGUGUAAAUAAUACUGGCACUUUAGAACAGAUUAAUCAAGAAUGGGGUUACUCUGUGUAAAAUGGAGUGCUGUACAGAUUUAAGAGCAAUGCGUUAUAACAAGUUAAGCUGAUAUGAAUAGCAAGAUAAUCCAAUAACUGCAUUUUGUUUGGUUAGUCAGCAUUCUUUGAACUGCCUUACAUGUUGUCACCUUUAUAGAAGCAAUGCAUUACUUGUUUUAGAUCAGAAACUUGCUAUUCCACCUACACCAAGUUAAAAAGGUUAAAAAAAAGACUUUCGCACAAUUGUUUCCUAAUUGAUAACAUUGUACAUUCUUAGGAGAUAGUAAUUGUGUGAAAUUUAUUCAUACUGUUUCUAAGUUUUUCAGCAUAGUCAUUGCACUUCAGCAGGGAAUCUGAGUAUACUUCACAGACAGAGUGAACUUAAAAGUUUAAAUGUCAAGAGAUUAUGGCUUAAAUAAAUUAGUUUGUUCUAUAUGGGGGAAAAAAACCAAGAAACCACCUUUUAAACAGAGUAAUAUGCCAUAUACCCUUGAUUUUCAUUUUGCAUUAUAUUGAUGUGGGUUUUUUUUUUUUGAAAAAAAAAGUAAUAAAAAAUUGAUAGUCUAAGACUCCACUAUUUAAAAGCCUAAUUACUUUUAAAAUAUGCAUACUUUCAAAACUUUUACCAAAACACACAACUGUUGGAAGCAUUCACUUCUCUAUGGAAGUAUGCAUAUUGGUGUCAGUUUCUUUGUACAGUUGUACCUAGAUAUUUUUUAUGAUUUUUCAUGUGCAAGUAUCAAGGUUUUGAAGUUUUAGUAAAAAGUAUUCUGUAGAUUACAUUCCCAAGAACAUAAUGCUUACACAAAUGUAUAUUCCACAUUUUAAAGCUUAAUUGUAUUUUACUUUACAUAUAUACUUCAGUUAACAUAGAGCACUUAGAUCUAUUUGGUAUUUUUGAUUUCUCAAAAAAAAAUAGAUUUUUAGGUUUGAAAUGGUUGUGUCAUAAUCAUCUCAUAAUUGACAAUUAUAAUUUUUGGCAAUAAAAGGAAAUUGGGGUGUGUUUGGAACUGUAAAAUCUGGCUUAAUCCUUCUCUUUCUAGAUCCUUAAUAGAUUGGAUGAUUAAACAAUAUCCUAAGAAACUAAAGAAAUGGGCAUUUUAAUUGCUUAUUUUAUCUUGAGUUACUUUUUAAUGGAUACUGCUCAUUACAAUUUUACAAACCAAAAGUGUUUACUAAUUCUAGUAACUAUAAUUUCUUUUACAGCUAGAUAAGUAAUGGGAAAUUUUUUUGUUGCAUUUCAAAAUCUAAAUAAACUACAGACUUUAUCCUUA